AUGACGGGGGGCAGAUUUACAUGGGUGAAGGGCCGUGGAACUGAAGCUUGGGUGGAGGAACGGUUGGAUAGGGCGGUGGCAAACAUGGACUGGUUGGAGCAGCACGGCGAAGCGGUGGUCAGUUGUAUUUACACUCUUGAAUCGGACCAUCAUGCUCUGUUUGUUGAGUUAGAUCCGGCACUGGUCCGCACUGCUGCACACACUUUCAAAUUUGAGUCCGCUUGGAUUUUGGAGGAGGGUUGUGCGAAGGUUGUCGAAGACGCUUGGCGUUUGUCGAUGGGCCAGAAUUUCCAGGAGCGACUUGCUGUUUGUAGCGCUCACCUUGGCCGUUGGGGAGGUGAACAUUUCCGGCAGUUUGGCAACAAAUUGAAAUCGCUCCGCCGGGUACUGGAGCGCUUGAAGGAGGACCGAUCACCUGCUGGGGUGGAGGGUUUUCAGGAAGCUGAAAGGGAUUUGCAGAAAUUGAUUCGGGAAGAGGAAAUUUUCUGGAAGCAAAGAUCAAAACAGUUAUGGCUAAAACACGGGGAUGCCAACACUAAAUAUUUCCAUAACGCCGCUACCUAUCGGCAUAGACGAAACACGCUCACCCGAGUCAAGGACUAG